AUGCAGCAGGAGCAAAAACCCAAACCCAAACCUCUACUAUCAUAUCCACAUCUGUCCCGUCUAUUCAUUAUAGGCAAUAAACUUAAUUACUGCUACCUCUACCUCUCCCUCAUCGUCACAAUCUACACCCGUCUCCUAGAAAACAACACUUCGCUAAGUGGGGGUCCUAGACUACCUCCACAGAUUAUCCUACUACUAGGAACCCUCCAGGAGAUAUCCCGGCGUUUUUUCAAAGCAAUAGGUUUAUGGAGCAAUCCCGCGGCCGUCCCUCCACCCCUCCCCCCACCACUUCCCCCCGCAAACCCCCCAGACCCAGACCCUCCCUCCUCAGACGACGAAGCAUCCGAUUCUUCCCACCACUCCUCCCAAGAUACCCCCAGCCAAUCCUCCUCCGACUCCAACGCAGAAUCCAUCUACGCACCCACAUCCCCGCCCCAAAACUCCUCGCUCUCACAACGCGAUAUCCAUGAAUCUGAAGAACGACUCGCGCAUUAUUAUCAAUCGUUGAAGAAGGAGCCGAAGAGUAUUAGGCGGAAUAAGUGGAGAGAAGAUCCGAGGUUGGGGAGGCUGGAAAAUCAGGUUUUUGAGGGGAUAUUGGGGGUUGGGGGGUUUGGGAGUGGGUGGAUUGGGAAGGAGAAGUUUAGUUCCUUCGACCUCGUUCUCAACACCCUCACCCAGAAACGAUACGCGCUGAAACUCCAAUCCGAAACCACCGACCAACGUCUCUCGCGGCGCAAACGCGAACAGCCCCCCACGCCGCACACCCCACCCGAUCCCCUCUCGCAUACACCCCCCAUCACGCCCUCCUCCGAAGCAACCAUCACCUCACCCACCCUCAUCGGCGCUCGCAAUCUGCUCUCCAAACGCUACCGCGAAAAUCGCUGUUAUCUGCAAUACAUCAAAUCCGGGCAUCCCAACAUCUGCGCCCUGGACGCCUUCCUCGAUUUCACUUCCCAAUUCGGCGCCGCGGAAGAACGAGGAAUCGUCAUGUUCGCUUCAUACUACGAGUACUGCGAUGGCGGCGAUCUCUUCCGCAUCCUGAGCGGCUAUCGAAAAAGACAUCAACGCAUUGCCAGCGCGCGAAAACGAAGCGAAAUGGUCAACCUCGUCAACAUGGGUCGGCACAUGCGGCGCGAACCCCUCCUCCCAUUCCCCCCGGAAGCAGAACGUCGAUUCCCCCCCGAACUCUUCCUCUGGCACAUAUUUUCGCAGCUCAUUUCCGCCAUUCUCUUUCUGCACAACGAACAUCCCGAUUACAAUACGCUUCCCGAACAUCGAAAUCGCGCCAUGGUCAUCACCAUGGAUCUCGCGCCGCAGAAUGUCUUUCUGCAAUGGCCGGACUAUGCAUCUACCCCGGAGCAGCGAAGAGCCGUAUACCCCGAUAUCAAAGUUGGGGAUUUCGGGACCGCGAAUUUCCUCCCGCCGGGUGGACGCAUUCCCGCUGAAGAGGGAGUGGAGGCGGAGACCCCGGAUCAAGAAUACUAUGAUGCGCGGACGGAUGUGUGGACGGUGGGGUUAAUGAUCUAUCAAUUUGCGACGCGCGCGCAAGCUGGUGAGCAGAAGGAUGAUAUCGAGGGGAUGUAUAGUGCGCAGUUGAAUAAAGUUGUGAAGGCUGCGAUGAAGAAGAAUCGCGAAGAGAGGAUUGAAGGGAAGAAAUUAGGGAGGAUUCUUCAAUCCGGGUAUGAAAAGCGGAUUCCGCAUAUGUUUAAAGAGCUUCCCGAUUGGGCGAUAUCGCAGGAAGAUGUGCUGAAGUAUCGGUUUUCGGAACGGCAUGUAAAGGAAUUAUGGGAGCGGGAUUGGAAUUUGAAGAUUGAGCAGGAGGAGGAGGAGGAAGCGAAGGCGGCGGAGGAUGAGGAUAGGGAUCUUCAUUUGAUGUUGUUGGUGAAGGAGAGGAAGUUGAGGUUUGGGAUUGAGUUGGACGAAGAUGAGGAGGAUGAUGAGGCGCAUUUGGCGUGGAUACAGGCAUUGAAGGAUGAAAAGCCGGAGCUGUAUGCGGAACUUCUGGCGGAGGCGAGGGAAAAGGUGCCGAGUCCUGAGGUGCCGGAUUCGGGAGAGAGCGAAGAAGAUUUGGGAUGAAGUGGUGAGACAGGCGUUAAUCGUGCAUUCUG